GUCAGUGUAUCUGCUAUUUAGUAUGUGGCUCACAGCUGUCUUCAAUACAACAUACAAUGUCCUUUUCUUCGAAAUGAUGAUGCGAGUAGUGACUCAGGUGAAGAUUCUGAAGAAUCGUUUCCGAGUAAUGAUGGCGACCUUACUAAAGCGUAAUAGAACCAAAAAACGUUUUAUUGACGGCAAUCUUCUUAUGGAACACGAGUUGUUUCGUAAUUGCGUUCAAUAUCACAUCGCCAUUCGCAGAAUGGCUAGAGAUAUAAAUUCUGUAUUUUCCACAAUCAUACUGAUACAAUAUUUGAUAACAUCGUUGAUUCUGUGUUCAACGGUUUAUCUCAUGUCUGAAAUAACAGUAUUUUCCGGAGAUUUCCUAAAUCUCGGGCUGUACUUCCUGGCCAUUUUCCUGCAAAUAACGAUGCUCUGCUGCGCAGGCCACCGUACAUGUUUGGAGGUAAUUAGGAGUGAUAACUAA